AUGUUAGAAGGCGUGGUUGCCAACCUGCUUAACCGCUUCCUCGGAAUCUAUGUCAAGAACUUCGAUGCGAAGCAGCUCAAUAUCGGCAUCUGGUCGGGUGAUGUCAAACUGCGGAAUCUGGAGCUGCGCCGGGAAGCGCUCGACCAGCUUCGCCUACCCUUGAACGUUGUCGAAGGUCAUCUCGGAGAACUUACACUAUCUAUUCCAUGGUCAAACCUGAGGGGCAAGCCGGUCAAGGUCGACAUCGAAGAUGUCUUCCUGCUCGCGGCGCCAAAGGAGGAUGCCGACUACGAUCCCGCGGAAGAAGACAAGCGCGCGCAUACCUUGAAGAUGGAAAGGAUUGAAGGUGCCGAGAUUCUGCGAGAUCGUAAUGCGGAAGGCAUGAGCCAGGAGGAGCAACGUCGGAACCAGAGCUUUACUCAGAGCAUGGUAACCGCUGUGGUGGAUAACCUGCAGAUCUCCAUUAAAAACGUUCACUUCCGCUAUGAGGAUUCCAUCGCUUCGCCUGGUCACCCAUUUGCUGUCGGUCUGACUCUGAAGGAGCUUAGUGCUGUCAGCACGGACUCUGAAUGGAAUCCUACCUUCAUCCAAUCCACCUCCGAUACCACUCACAAACUAGCUGUCCUCGGUGCUCUAUCCGUAUACUGGAAUACAGAUGCAACGCUGCUGGGAACUGGUAGAGGUUCUGAUAUUGGCGCUGAGGCACAAGGAAUCAGCCAUGACGACCUAAUGGCCAAACUACGGGAUGCCAUCGAUAACGGCGAUGGUAACCAGUUCAUGCUUCGUCCUGUUAGUGGUCGUGCAGGACUCGAAAUGGACAAAUCGGGUAAAUACGAUCGUCCGGCCAUGAAAGCGCGCCUGCUGUUCGAUGAGCUCGGCUUUGUCCUGGAUGACAACCAGUAUCGCGAUGCCCUGAUGCUGGUCGAUCUUUUCCAUUAUUUCAUCCGCCACCAGGAAUACAAGCGGUUCCAGCCCAAGUGCUCAGUCAAGGAAGAUCCUCGUGCCUGGAUGAAGUUUGCUGGAGAUGCGGUCCUCAGUAAGAUUCACGACCGUAAUCGGCGAUGGACCUGGGAUUACAUUAAAGAGCGCAGAGAUGAUCGCAUUGCCUACAUCAACCUAUUCAAGAAGAAAAAACGCGAAGAGACCUUCACUCCAGAAGAAACUCAGCAGCUUGAAAAACUUGAAUGGAAGCUUAAUUACGAGGAUCUUCGAUUCUGGCGGUCGCUCGCCCGAAAUCAACUCCGCAAAGAAAAUAUUGGCAUUAAGAAGCCGGCUCAACAGCAGUCAUGGUCGGAGUGGUUCUGGGGCAGCAAGAAGGAAGAGUCUGAAGAAACUGCUAUGACCGAGGAGCAACGGCAGGAGCUUUACAGUGCCAUUGAUUGGGAUGAGAAAAAGGCGAUUUCCGAGAGUGUUGACGUCCCCCGAGAAUGGGCUAAACUGCAAAUCAACUGGAGUCUCCGUGCCGGUAGCUUUACCCUCAAACAGGACCCUCAUGGUGCUGCGAACGAAGUCAUGAAGCUGGUGUUCGACAAUUUCCGAGCAAAAGCUCUCCAACGUCCCGAUUCUUAUCUUUUGGAUCUGGAUCUUGGUGGCUUGAAAAUGUACGAUGGUACUACUGCAGGCACCCUGUACCCGCAAAUCGUGAAGGUCAAGGAUUCUCUCCCAGAUCAAACAAAGGCCCUGGAGCAGAGUACCGAUGACGAUGACCUUGCCUCGCAAGCCAGCGCGGAUGAUCUUGAAGAUGAAGAUAGUCUGUUCCAUUUGCAAUUGGAGAAGAAUCCCCUAGAAAGCGACGCAGACUCCGCGGUCAAGGUAAAGCUCAAAAGUAUUGAGGUAAUUUACAAUCCUCGAUUCCUUGUGGGAAUUGUCAAAUUUUUCGAACCGCCCGAGCGCCACAUGGAGUCGAUUGGAGCACUGCUCGACACCGCCGGUGCUACAGUCGAAGGGCUGCGCCAGCAAACCCGAGCAGGUCUGGAAUUCGCCUUGCAAGAGCACAAGAAGGUCGAUGCUCAAUUUGAUGUUCACGCACCUCUGAUCAUUGUUCCUGAGAGUAUUACGUAUGAGAGCUCUUUGUGCCUAAUCAUCGAUGCUGGUCAUGCAAGUGUUAACAGCGAGCUUGUCGACCGACAAGCAAUGCGAGACCUCCAAUCCAAGCACAAGCGACAAUAUGAAGAAGAAGACUAUAAGCAGCUUGAACACUUGCUGUAUGAUCGCUUCCUUAUCAAGCUGGAUUCCACGCAGGUUCUGAUCGGUCCUGGAAUUGAAGCGACGAAAGCACAACUCACCUCGGCCGUUGAGUCUAAAAACUUCCACAUCAUUGAUCGAAUCAAUGUGGAUUUUGUUUUAGAGAUGUGCAUUGUUCCAAAGGUUACGCAGCUUACACGGACACGGAUAUCCGGAAAUUUGCCGGAGUUGCAUGCCUCGAUGUCUGAUACAAAGUACAAGGCAUUGAUGAAACUGAUCGACAUUGCGAUCCCACAAUUUGACACUGGCAAUAACUCUACUGGUCCGGCAGAUGAGAAAGCCAAAGAAGAGGCGGCAAUCGCAACUCGCGCUAGAGCGGCAUCCUUCCAGCCUCCAGUACAACGAGACCUCCCGGUUGUUGACGAUGACGAAGACCAUGAAGUUGAAAGUGAACAGUCAAAGAAAGCACUCGACACCUCAAAUAAUAUCCAUCGUCGGGACUUUGAGUUCAAAUUCAACGUUGGUCGCCUUCGUGGUUCGCUGUUUCGUGCGGACUCCCAGGAUCCCCUCAAAGAUAAGCUGCUGGUCGAACUGGUUGCCGAGGGCUUCGAACUCGACUUCUACAUGCGCCCCUAUGACAUGGUCGCAGAAGUCAUCCUCAAGUCUUUGAGUGUGGACGAUUAUAUUGAAGAGAACCCAGUACCUGAAUUCAAGCGGAUCAUCUCAUCCAAGGGCUUUAAUGCAGAUGAAGACAAGGAUCUGUUCCACUUGAAGAUGGUUCGAGUGAAGCCAGAAUCACCAGAGUUUGAGUCUACCUACGAAGGUGUAGCGAUGAAUCUCGAUAUUUCAGUCUCGACCAUCAAUCUUGUUGUGACGAGAAAGACGCUGCUUACUCUUCUCGACUUCAUUCUUCUCACCUUCACAAGCCCACAGCAACCGGCCGAUCAAAAUCCACAAUCGGAGAAGGCUCUGCAAGAAGCGCAAAGCCAACCGGAAGCGCCACAGCAAGCUGGAAAACUUCGUAUCAAGUCCAACCUGAAGAGUAUUGCUCUUAUCCUCAACAAUGAUGGUGUACGACUGGCGACCUUGAGUCUCAAUACUGCUGAUGUUGGAAUAUUCCUCGUUGGCCGUGCCAUGACCAUACAGUCUCGAAUCGGUAGUUUGACAUUGGUUGACGAUGUUAACCUUGGUGCUUCAGAGGACUCCGAUGUCCGCCGCCUUUUGACCAUCGAGGGCGAAAACUUCGCUGAUUUCAAAUAUGAGACUUUCGACCCUGAAAGUGACACCUAUCCCGGUUACGAUUCUGAGGUUUAUCUGCGGUCCGGUUCAAUCAGGAUCAAUUUCCUGGAAGAGCCUUACCGGAAAAUUAUCAAUUUCCUUGUCAAGUUCGGCAAGAUGCAAGCAAUUUUCAAUGCCGCUCGCCAAGCUGCUGCGAAUCAAGCAAACCAACUGCAGGAAAAUGCGUCCCGCAUGCGCCUCGAUAUCGUGAUCAAGACACCCAUUCUGGUGUUCCCUCGAAUUAUGACCGAUGACCGACCCAGAGACACUAUAACUGCCCAUCUUGGUGAGAUUUAUGCUAAGAACGAGUUUGUUCCAAUGGAUGACUCCAAGGACAGUCCUGCCGUGAAUGUUAUUUCAACCGGCGUUCGCAACAUCCGCCUCACGUCCAAGUUCCAUUUCACAGAUGGUGUCGUUGAGGAGCUAGACAUGAUUCAAAAGGUCAACCUCGAUUUCAGCAUCUGCUACCUAGAGCACCAGACCAACAACCCUCGACCAGAUAUGGAGAUUGAAGGUUCUCUGUCCCCAAUCAAUCUCCGAAUAUCGCAAAGUCAGCUCAAGUUCUUGCUGGCGCUCUCGAAAUCAAUUCCUGGUGCUUUUGCCACUGACGCUGAGCAACAAGAGCUUGAGGCUCUGGAAUCCCUGCCAUCAUCUGUCACCGAACCCACGAGAGAAGCGACUUCUAAGGCUGCCCAAGCACAGAAAGACCAGCAAGCACAGUCAGCCCCCGACAACGAGAACAAGGGAACCUGGGUCCGACUCGAUAUGAUCUUCAAGGUUGACAGUGUCGGGCUGGAACUCAUUUUGGCCAAUGAUAACCAACCCGCGGGCCACCUCGAGGACUGCAGUCUGUCCAAGUUCUCUCUCAAUGACACCCGAGUUAAGCUGCGUAUGCUGACCGAUGAGUCCAUGGAGUCGGAGCUCUUGAUCCACUCGUUCUCGAUUCGUGACAGCAGAAAGCAGGACACAAACAAGUUCAGAAACAUCAUGUCUUUGAUCAACAACGAUGUGCAGCAGCAGUUUAUGGCUAGCGUUUCUAUGUCUCCUGGACCAGACAAGCAUCUUAUUGCGAUGUUGACGAUUGAUAGCCCUCGCAUCAUGUUUGCGUUAGAUUAUCUGUCCGCCCUGCAAUCUUUCAGUAAUACUGCGUUUGCCUCGGAGGAGGUUACAGAAGUCGUUGAAGAGGAGGGUGACUCUCCAGAAGAAUCGGAGCUUGGUUCCGACGAUGCUACAUCUCCUGAUAGGGCAGCCACUGAAGUAUCUGCUGGAGAUGUUCCUGUUGGGUCUAGAACAGUUUCAUUCCGCGUCAACCUGGUUGAUGCCCAGGUGAUUAUGGUGGCGAACCCGGCGAUUCCCCACUCCGAAGCUAUUGUCCUUGGAACCAAGGAGAUUCUCAUCUCGCAUCAAAACGUUUCAACUUUGCAGAUCGAGAAAGUGGGCAUGUUCCUUUGCCGCAUGGAUAAGUUCGAGACUAGUCGCCUCCGUAUCCUGGACGAUUUCACGGUGGAGAUUUCUGUUGAUAGUCGUUCGCAAGAAAAGGGCUCUGCGCUUACCUCAAUUGAGGCCCAUGUCGAGCCUCUGGUCCUUCGACUGUCUCUGCGUGAUAUCUUGAUGGCGAUCCAGAUUGUGAACAAGGCUUCGGAGAUGAGAGCCCGGAACGCGCAGGAGCUCGAGAGUGGAGAGCCGAAGAAGAUCACCGAUGCAAAGAGUACAAGAGGCCGAUCUGGCAGCAAGACAUCGUCAACUCCGGCUUACAGAACCCGUCGCCGUGUCAGCCAGACAGCCGACGGUCUUGACAAGACUGCCACUGCUGUACCCCAAAGCUCGGCUGUUCUCAAAAGGGAGGAACUUUCCGCCAAGGUCGAUGGUCUCAGAGUGAUCCUGAUUGGAGAUCUUCAUGAUUUGCCUUUGCUGGAUUGGAGUGUCAAAAAGUUCAAUGUAGACGUCCGCGACUGGUCUUCCACCCUGAGUGUUGACACGCACUUUGACACGUUCCUCAACGUCUAUAAUUUCUCGAAGUCUUCUUGGGAGCCCCUGAUCGAGCCAUGGCAGCUGGGCUUCCAUAUGGCUAAGGAAGUCAACCCGGAUGUCUUCUCUAUUGAUGCUUACUCGCACAAGACUAUGGAGUUGACCAUGACAUCGGCAACGAUCGCACUUGCGUCCAAGUCCUUCCAGUUCCUUAACACAGACGAGGAUGUGCUUUCUAAACCACGGGGUGCUGAUGCUCCCUACAGAAUCCUCAACUAUACAGGUUUCGAUCUUCGGGUGUGGGCCGAUGUCAGCGCCGGAGAAGAAGGUCCUGCUGCUAAACUUAGCGAUGGAGAGGAAUAUCCCUGGCGAUUCGAGGAUUCCACUGCCGUCCGAGAAACUCUCACCCCCGAAGGCCACGGUGGAAUUGUCGGUGUCAAGCUCGAGGGAAGUGGAUUCGACAGCAUUAAUCGUAUUCCUGUGGUUCGAGAAGGCGAGGUUAUCUACAGUCUCAAGCCGAAGCGGGACAAUGUACUUCACCGGCUUUUGGUGGAGGUCACUCUUGGAGCAGAUAACGUCAAGUAUAUCACAUUCCGUUCGCCUCUUCUCGUGGAGAACAACACGCAGAUUCCAGUUGAACUGGGUGUUUUCAGCCCCAACGAUGGUCAUCUGCUGAAGAUCGAGAAAAUCCUUCCUGGCGAUGCACGACCCGCUCCAGUUGGGUCCGCCUAUCUCCAUUCCGUUGUCAUUCGUCCUGAUCAAGGCUUUGGAUAUGAUUGGUCAAACGACCAACUAUUCUGGAAGGAGCUGCUUCGCCGACCAACUAGAACCAUUAAAUGCGUCAGUGAAGGCGGCCAACAGUCUCCGCCUUUCUAUUUCCAAGUCAAUGCCACUUUUGACAACAAGGACUCACUUACGAGCUCCUAUCCUUACAUGAGGAUUCGCAUCUUUGCCCCUGUGGAAAUCCAGAACCUUCUGCCCUACGACUUCAAAUACCGCAUUUAUGACAAGAACACCAAGAAAGACUGGACGAAUUUCCUCAGGAAGGGGGGCGUAAGCCCUGUUCAUGUGGUAGAACUUUCCCACCUACUUUUGCUCAGUAUCGAUUUGGAGGACACCGUUUUCCGACAGAGCGAGUUUGCGAUUGUCAAUGGCAACGCUCAGGAUUACCGCAGAGAGCACACAUUGUCACUGACUGACGAACGAGGCCUCCAGCUGAAACUGAAGCUUCAUUACUUCAACAUUCCCAACAGUGGUGGUGCUUUCAAGGUCUCUGUCUACAGUCCGUACCUCAUUCUGAACAAAACUGGACUUCCUAUGGAUAUCCAGAGCAAGGCAUUCCUUCAGUCUGCACGCAGCGCCGCAGGUCAAGGAAUGAGAGUUGACCCGAGAGAGGGUGGCCGUGCUCUUCCUUAUAUGUACUCCUAUGGCGCUGAAGACAAGAGAAAUCGAUCCAUCCUCAAGAUCGGUGACUCAGCAUGGAGCAAGCCGCAAAGUUUCGAGGCUAUUGGUAGUACCUUCGAGGCUGUGUUCCCUGAUAGGAAUGGCCGUUCUGAAUUCCACUCCGGUGUGUCAGUUGUCGAGGGCGAGGGCAAGUACAAGAUGACGAAGGUCGUCACAAUUGCACCAAGAUUCAUCUUGAAGAGCAAGCUCAACGAGGAUCUUCUGGUUCGCGAGCCUGGCUCGUCGAAUGUCCUCGAGAUCAAGAGUGGUGAACUCGUUCCGCUUCACUUCCUUCGUCAAGCCGCCGACAAGCAGCUUUGCCUAUGCUUCCCUGGCGUUAACAACCAAUGGUCUUCUCCCUUCAAUAUUGCUGAUGUGGGAACUGUUCACGUCAAAUUGGCCAAGGCCAACCAGCGACAGAAGCUCAUUAAGGUUGAUGUGAUUCUCGAGGGAGCCACUCUGUUCCUGCAUUUCGGCUUCGAGACUCGGAACUGGCCUUUCUCCAUGCGCAACGAAAGCGACACGGAAUUUAUCUUCUAUCAAGCCAACCCCAAUGUGGAAGAUGACGAGGAUGACCGAUCAACUAGCUGGAAGCCCAUUCGUUAUCGCCUUCCGCCGCGCAGUAUCAUGCCUUAUGCGUGGGAUUACCCUGCAACUAAGAACAAGUCUCUCACUCUGACUUGCCACGGAAAAGAGCGUCGCAUCAAGCUUGCUGAAAUUGGUAACCUGAUCCCAAUGCGCAUCCCACCCAGACAAUCGGGCGAGUAUCAGAAGAUCAUCGAUAUCAAUAUCGUUGCCGACGGGCCCACGCAGACUCUUGUGCUGUCCAACUUCAAGCCAUCAAAGAGUCUGUACAAGCAACAGAAGGGACAGUCAUCACAGAAUAGCAUGAGCACUGGGUUUGAAGUCAAAGAGAUGAACUCGGAAGUGACUUUCAAGGCUCAGCUUCGCUUGGGUGGCAUCGGCAUCUCCCUGAUCAACCAGAACUUGAAGGAGCUCCUUUACAUGACGUUCCGCGAAAUCGAAAUCAAAUUCCGCGAGUCGAGAAUCUAUCAGACUCUCAACACCACGAUCAAAUGGAUCCAGGUCGACAACCAGUUAUAUGGUGGCAUCUUCCCCAUUCUGCUGUACCCUAGUGUGGUUCCAAAGACUGGAAAGGAGAUGGAAGCCCACCCUAUUUUCCAUGCAAUGAUCACCAGAGUGAAGGAUGACUCAUAUGGUGUAUUGUACAUCAAGUACGCAACUUUGCUUUUGCAGCAAAUGACGCUUGAACUUGAUGAGGACUUUGUCUUCGCCAUGUUAGACUUUGCCAAGAUCCCAGGUGCAUCGUGGUCUGAAGAACAAGAGGGCACCCUCUGUGACGAGGAUCUCAAUAUCCCCGAGCCGCAACAAAUUGACGCUGGCCAGGAUGUCUACUUCGAGCUCCUUCACUUGCAGCCCAUGCAGCUUGAUAUCUCCUUCAUGCGAACUGAGCGUGUCAACGUCGAGGACACUAUGCAGCCAUCGAAUCCUCUGAUGUUCGUUGUCAAUGUGAUGACCAUGUCGAUGGGUAAUGUCAAUGAUGCCCCUGUUCGGCUGAACGCGUUGAUGUUGGAAAACGCCCGUGUCUCUUUCGGCAGACUGUUCGGCAACGUCCGCGCCCAUUACACUCAAGAAUUCCUACGCCAAGUCCAUGUCAUUCUUGGGUCCGCUGACUUCAUCGGUAACCCCGUUGGUCUGUUCAAUAACAUCAGUUCUGGUGUGGCCGACAUCUUCUACGAGCCCUACCAAGGCCUCGUCAUGACGGACCGUCCUCAAGAGCUUGGUGUCGGCAUCGCAAAGGGAGCUACUAGCUUUGUCAAGAAAUCUGUUUUCGGAUUCUCAGACAGCAUGGCUAAGCUCACAGGAAGUAUGUCCAAGGGUCUGACUGCCGCCACCCUGGACAAGGAAUUCCAAGACCAACGCCGAUUCUCCAAGUCCCGUAACCGCCCCAAGCAUGCGCUCUACGGUAUUACAGCCGGUGGAAAUGCAUUUGCGACCAGUCUAGCGAGCGGCAUUGGCGGCCUGGCACGUCAUCCCCUCCAAGGCGCUGAGAAAGAAGGGGUCGCAGGUUUCUUCAAGGGGGUUGGAAAGGGUGUCAUUGGUUUGGCUACCAAGCCCGCCAUUGGUGCUUUUGACCUUGCCUCGAAUCUGGCCGAGGGCGUUCGGAACACAACAACCGUCUUUGAUGCCGAAGGUCUGGACCGUGUUCGACUUACUCGCUUCAUUGGUAUCGACGGAAUCGUUCGUCCUUACUCGCAACGUGAAGCUCUCGGCCAGUUCUGGCUCAAGACUACCGAAGACGGAAAGUACUUCAACGAGGAUUACAUCGCCCAUCUGGAGCUUCCCGGUCGUGACAUCAUGGUCUUGUUGACAUACACUCGAAUUAUGCUCGUGCGCACGAAGAAGCUCUCUGCCGAGUGGGACAUUCGCCUGACGGAUAUCCAAACCAUUUCCAAGGAGCGCACUGGAAUGAGCAUCACGCUCAAGGGUGGCGCUAACGGGCCCUUCAUCCCUGUUCAAGACGAGAGCUCUCGGAAUUGGCUGUACAGACAAAUUGCCAUUGCGGUCAAUGCCUUCAACGAAAAGUACAACCGAGGAUAG